GUUGCUGGCGGUGCUGCCCGGAGCCCGGGGACAUGGCGUCAGGGAGGCCCCAGGGGAGGCCGGCGGGGCCGGGCGGCGGCGGCGGCGGCGGCGGCUCAGGAGCGGGGAGUUAAUGUGACCUAUUCUAAGGAGUCCCCCUCCAGUCAGAGAUCUUCCACCAUGGCACCUGGCAAGGAGCGGAAAAUAUUAUAUGAAGAUGUCGCUGAAGACCACGAGGAGGUCAUCAGCACGAUCUACGGCAGCCCGGUCCCACAGCAGUCACUGGAGUCCAAUGAUGAACCAUUCACCACCUACUUCGAUGAGAAGAUCCCUAUCCCUGAAGAUGAAAAGCACUCAUGGUUUAGCUUCCGCAAACUCUGGGCCUUCACAGGGCCAGGCUUUCUCAUGAGCAUUGCCUACCUGGAUCCAGGCAACAUCGAGUCGGAUUUACAGUCAGGUGCUGUCGCAGGGUUUAAGCUGCUUUGGGUUCUGCUGCUGGCCACUAUCAUUGGUCUCCUCCUGCAACGUCUGGCAGCAAGGCUGGGAGUGGUAACAGGACUGCACCUUGCAGAAGUGUGUAACCGGCAGUAUCAAAAGGUCCCUCGAAUUAUAUUGUGGCUGAUGAUUGAACUCGCUAUCAUUGGGUCGGAUAUGCAAGAAGUAAUUGGCUCAGCAAUCGCUAUAAACCUCUUGUCUGCUGGGAAAGUCCCUUUGUGGGGUGGAGUGCUCAUAACCAUUGCUGACACUUUCAUGUUUCUCUUCUUGGACAAGUAUGGCUUGCGAAAACUGGAAGCAUUUUUUGGCUUUCUUAUUACCAUCAUGGCGCUUACGUUUGGAUAUGAGUAUGUUACAGUGAAACCGGACCAGGGAAAGCUGCUGAAGGGGAUGUUUAUGCCAUACUGUGACAAGUGCGGUACCCCCCAGCUAGAACAAGCUGUGGGGAUCGUGGGAGCAGUCAUCAUGCCGCACAACAUGUACCUGCAUUCUGCUUUAGUCAAGUCAAGGCAGGUGAAUCGUGCAGACAAGAGGGAGGUGCGAGAAGCCAAUAAAUAUUUCUUCAUAGAGUCCUGCAUUGCUCUCUUUGUCUCCUUCCUCAUUAACGUCUUCGUCGUCUCUGUCUUUGCUGAAGCUUUUUUUGGGAAGACUAAUGAACAAGUGAAUGAAGUCUGCACAAACAGCAGCAGCCCCUAUGCCGGACUCUUUCCAAAUAACAAUGCAACCUUGGAAGUGGAUAUCUACAAAGGGGGUGUUGUUCUGGGAUGUUACUUUGGCCCUGCUGCUCUUUACAUCUGGGCAGUUGGGAUUCUUGCUGCAGGACAGAGUUCAACAAUGACUGGGACCUACUCUGGGCAGUUUGUCAUGGAGGGAUUCCUCAACCUGAAGUGGUCGCGUUUUGCUCGAGUGAUUUUGACCCGUUCCAUUGCCAUCACUCCAACCCUGCUGGUUGCCAUUUUUCAAGACGUUGAACACCUGACUGGGAUGAAUGACUUCUUGAAUGUUCUUCAGAGCUUACAGCUUCCCUUUGCUUUAAUCCCAGUCCUCACGUUCACCAGCCUCCAUCCUGUGAUGAAUGACUUUGCCAAUGGACUAGGCUGGAAGAUCGCUGGCGGUGUGCUCAUUCUCAUCGUUUGCUGCAUUAACAUGUAUUUUGUGGUGGUCUAUGUCACUGCACUGGGACAUCUUGCCUUGUAUGUGGUUGCAGCUAUUGUCUGCGUUGCCUACCUGUGCUUUGUAGCAUAUUUGAGCUGGUUGUGUCUGAUUGCUCUUGGGGUCUCCUUCCUGGCCUGUGGGCAAACGUAUCAGCUGGGACUUACUACUCACCCUGAACUCUUCCUUCUGAACAAUGUCGAUGCAGCCUCAGUUGUGACUAGAUGAUUCCCUGAACUGCACUAGCAAGAACAAAAACAAUUUUGAAGCUCCUUUGUGCUGCAGAAAAGGAUUUUCCUUACUUUUGGUUAGUUCAGAAACGGGUAUGGUCAAGCAUCAUGAAUGACGGAAAGAUUUUCUCCGAGAAAGAGCACAAGAUAAAACUGACAUCUGCAGAGGAGUGUCAGAUGGAAUCAACAGGCAUUGCACUUGACAUCAGCCAUGAAGGUUCUCACAGGACCAAUGAAGAGCCAGAGUCAAACCAGUUCAUAAUAUCACAUACCCUAUGGGUUUGUCUUUAGGUACUCAAAAUAUUUUCCUUAAUCCUUUUUUUAAUUGUAAAUUAUUUGGGUAGUAAAUUAGAGAUAUUUGAAUAUUUUAUUGAUUUUAGAUCUAAACUUAUUCUGCUUGGUGUUUCUUAGGUCAACUAAAUUAUGGGACGUAACAUGUUUUCCAGCUUUUGGAAGAUUGUCCAAAUGAGUAACGUUAAGAUUUUACAUUUGAUUUUGAAUGAUCUCAUUUAUGAAGUACACUAAGGAGACUACACAAUGAGAAAUAAUUAACUCAAAAGCCUGGACAGAUUCUGAAGUGCAAAUCCAUUGGAGCCUAAGAAAGAAGUGUACAAGGUUUCUGUAAAAUGCAGAUUAUGUUCUGGGCGUGCCCUUCCAUUUCUGUUCCCUUCUGUCUAAAAACACCCUCCCUAUCUGUCCAGGUAUUUAGAUGCUCAGUUACUGUAGCAAUGAGUCCUAUCAUCUCAAACCUCUCUAGCCUCCAGUGUGGCGAUCUGAAGAGGUCUCCUGCUCCAAGAGCGUGGCAAUCCUCACUUCCCUGCCCACCUCUUCUAAGCAUCUGGCCAGUUCUUCAAUACUGAGCCGCUCUAGGAUUUUAUUUCAGGUGCUUGCCUGGCCCCCCACAACUACAUUGCUGACUGCUGCAUAGGAAAUGGUAACUACAGUGUAACUGGAAUGGGAGGACACAAAGAGUUGUAUCUUUGUGCAUUCAGUCUAACUUUGUUUUCUUUGUCAUCACAUCCCAGCUUGUAUUUGACCGACAGUGUGUUGAAAUGCUUAAUUCUCAAUUUCAAAAAACAACCAAUUUGUAGAGGCAAUGCAGGUUCAGGUUUUACUCCUGACAUCAGAGGUAAAAUCCUUGAUUUAAGUAUCGGUCUAUACAGUUAUAGGAGUGGACACUUCUCUAUUCAGAGUGCUCACCAUGGAAGGUGCCUGUUAACUACUAAGUCCUGAAGAGGGAACUUCAAAAUUUCUUCAUGUAGUUCUUCCAGCCAUAAAUGUAACUGAAUAAAUCCAUGUGCACAGUUACACAGCAGCUUCCAUGUAUAGGUGAAAUGUGGCCUCUUGUUUUAAGCCAACCAACAACCACAGAAUGGGGUUAACUUUUCCUGGGACACAAAUGGAAUUGAACAUGAGCUUUGCAUUUUCAUGCCAUUUCAAGAAGCUUUGAAUGAUUUAGGAUAAUUUCUUAGAAUUGGAUAGUUUCAAACUCAAAGCUUGAGGCCAUGAUAUUCUGGGUGGGAAAGUGUGUUUUGUUUUGGGUUUUUUUGAAAGGAUAAAUCUUUUGCAGUUGUGCAAAGAACCCUGAGGCCGGAACUGCCUUCAAAUGGAAGAUACCCUGAAUUAUAUUUGUAUUUAUGUCUAUGUGGGCUCAGUUCUGAGGCAUCUUACUUCUGUUUUUUAAUUAAAUCUCUUACCAAUGAAGCAUUUCUGUCCCUGUGUAUUUGGCACUCCAUUUAUUAAAUAUAUUGAUUACA